GGAUGUAACUGGUAGAAGCUAAUAGAAAUGGUUCAAACGAGAUAACCUACUUCGGUUUAUGUUGAGCUUCUCAUGUCGGAAUAGAUCUUUGGUUCAAGAAUGAUCAUAUUAAUGUAUACUAAAUAUACAGAAAAUGUCUCUCAGUGACACAUUUCGAACGGAAACAAUUUCAAUAUUGUCUAUUUUCAUCGAGGGUGCACUUGCUGAAAUAAGCCGAACAGGGAAUGAGUCGAGUAGGGAAUCGUGCAGUGAAAUAUCUUGUAUUCGAGAAGACAUCGCUAAUGUGAAGGAUCGCCCCCGGAAUCAGGCGCAUUUGCCGUCCUUUAUCCAGCUGUUGACGAAAGAGGUGGUUCGUAAACUAUGCAGGCUGUUCUCAGAGUGCUCCUCCGUCCUACAACAGGAAAACGAGACCCUGAGAAAACGUCUCGAGCUGAACGGAAUAACAGCCUCACCUGGGCACCUCAACCAGGAUGGGGCCAACAUAGAUCCGCCAGAUAAAAUCGAGGCGAACUCAGAAGACACAGAACCAGCCAGCGAAGAAGAUCCCUGUGAUGUCGUCAGUGCGCCUGGAGAAAGAUCAUCCCAAGAGACCACCCGACCCUCCCCAAUCUCCACCACGCCGCCUUCGCUAGCCGAGAACAACCAACCAGCCGGUGACCGUCCCUCACAGCCCGUGAGCCCCAAGCCCCCUCACAGCCCCCCUGAGGAGAGGCACCCGGGCGCAGAGACCCCAGGGACCCCGGAGAAACAGGUCUUCCGCAAUAACCUGCGAGCCAGACGUUCCUUUGCGUGCGACGUCUGUGGGCGGAGCUUCAGUCUGAGCAGCGUGCUGGAACACCACCAGAGGGUCCACACGGGGGACAAGCCUCACAGCUGCCCCCGCUGCCACAAGACCUUCGUCUACAAGGCGUCCCUGAGCAGGCACGUCCACCGGCACUCCGAAGGCCGGCCUUUUGCCUGCCAGGUCUGUGGGAAGUCGUUCUGCGGCGAGGAGGCGCUGCGGUGUCACGGGUUUGUCCACGCCGACGUCAAGCCCUUCGUCUGCCAGACCUGCGACCAGGGAUUCACCACACGGAACAGCCUUGCGGUGCACCAGAGGGUUCACUCCGGGGAGAAGCCGUACACCUGCCCCACCUGCGGGAAGAGCUUCUCCCAAGCCAGCUACCUCUCCGUCCACCGUCGGAUCCACGCUGAGGACAAGCCGUUCACGUGCGACCAGUGCCACAAGGGCUUCAUCACCGAACGGGCUCUAAAGUCCCACCAGAUCGUCCACACCGGCCUGAGGGCCUUUAAAUGCGACGACUGCGGGGCCCGCUUCGGCCACCUCACCAACCUGCGAAGGCACCGCCUCCUCCACACGGGCACCAAGCCGCACGCGUGCACGGUGUGCGGGAAGCGCUUCCACCAGCGCAGCGUCCUCAAGGGACACAUGCAGGUGCAUGGCGGCUCGCAGCCGUUCAUGUGCGACGUCUGCGGAAGGACGUUCGUCUACAACUGCUCGCUGAGGAAACACCAGCGGGUCCACGCCGAGGGCGGGACGCGCCGCGCCGCCCAGGGACGGCUACACGGCUGCGACACCUGCGGGAAAACCUUCAGCUCCGUGGGGAACCUGAAGGUGCAUCAGCUGGUGCACACGGGCGCCAAACCCUUCGAGUGCUCCACGUGCGGGAGGAGUUUCUCCCAGAAGGCCACCUGCCUCACUCACCAGAAGACUCACACGGGGGAGAGGUUCCACACCUGUGGCGUGUGCGGUAGGGCUUUCAGCCUCCCCAACACCCUAAGGCUGCACGCGCGCACGCACACGGGAGAGAGGCCGUACGCGUGUGACGUCUGCGGCAUGACGUUCACCAUCAGCGGGAACCUGAAGAGGCACAUGCUGGUGCACACGGGAGAGAGGCCGUUCAGCUGCGACGUGUGUGGGAAACAGUUCAGCCAGGCACACAACGUGAAGGCCCACAUGCAGGUGCACAACGGAGAGAGGCCGUACUUCUGUGACAAGUGCGGAAAGAGCUUUGCCUACGCAAGGAACUUCAAAGAGCACAAGUGUGUGCAAAGAUGA